AUGCCUCCAGCGAGACGUGAACGAUCUGAAAGCUCUUUUCAAGAUUUAAUUCGACAGGUUAGACUCGGCUCAUUCGAACACGCAAAAACCCUUCUACUACAUGACUGGCCUUCGCCUAGCUAUGGAGAUAGACUCGCCAAAGCACUUGACACCCUGUUCUCACUCGUUACUCCUGCCACCGAUAUCGACUACCUUUUGCCUCGUGAUGCCUCAAACAUCCGCCUCAUCAGACGGUCCAUGGCCCUCGACGGCCUGGGAAAAACAAGCAAAGCUGUUUUGCAGACAGGCAGCGAUGAAAUCAUUCUCCAAGUAUCCCCCAUCGUCAUCAGAAACAUUCCCUCCGUCAUAUCGUGGCUGAAGUACGUGUCACGUUCAGACGCCUCCGGAACUCAGGCUGUCGCUGAAAACAGGAACCGGGUCGCCGCUUCCGUAUGGAACUGGAUGAGGUUCUCCAAAAUCGACAAGGAACUGCAAGCCGCCUUGGUUACCUCGCCGUAUACAAUGGAACUCGUUCUCGCGGUUCUGACCUCGGAUGCGGACGGUGACAUUCUCGAUACGACACGCAGUUUCGACAGGCAACUCCAUCGUCUGUCGAUUUUCCUGGGAUUCCUCCAUACCUCCCUGAUCUACGACGACUCUCGGAAGAUUCUCCUUGACGAGAUACAACUUUCCCCUAACCGCUUCAAAAAUAUUUUCCUUACCAACGUAGAAAGUUGCAUCACCACCCUACACGCCCUGUGGAUUCACGCUCUUACGGACACGGAGCUGUUACAAGCGCCUCAGCACCUUCGAAGCUCCCUCUCCUACCUCUCUGCCGACAAACGGUUUAAUUCGAGGCUUCGUCGAAUGGGUAACCUUCGAAAUUACUUCUCCCUCACGAAAUCGAUGUAUUCGGGCGGGAAAACUAGGGCGGAGUACCUGAACUUGGGUCGCUCAGCCAUGACCAUUAUCAAGUGCGCCAGGCACCACAGAAGAUAUGCCCCGCAGAUUGUCCUCGAUCUACUAGAAGACGGUUUGUUCCAAUCGCUGAUCGAGGGGGUUGACUACUUCCACAACGACCGGGAACAGGAUACUCUAAAAAAACCCUGUCGACAUUGCUGUCCGCCAACUACUAUCCUUUACGGGCUACCUAGGAUCUACUACCGACUUCAAAUGGCUUUCAACGAAAUCAAAAUCGGUAGUGAUACCGAAUAUUGGAAAGGUAGACGUUAUGAAGACGUGUCCGACGUCACCGUGUAUCUCGACCUCAUGAACGUGCUCUAUGGUUUCGGGUUUGGCAGGGCACCUCCUCUCACUCAGGAUCCAAGAUUCUGCUACAACAUCGCGCACUGCGCUACUGGAUAUCACCCUUAUAUGGCGGGUACCAAAUGGUGCUCUGGUUGCAAAUCCGUGGCUUACUGCUCGCGCGAAUGCCAGAAGCAGGAUUGGAAGCGUGUCCAUCGAGAGGAAUGCAAGCUAUUGGCUACUCAGAGAAAGAGUAUGGACAAGGAGCGAAUCCAUGUACCCGUUUUAUACCAGGCCCAUUGCCUCCGCACUGCCCACAGGUUGCUAGAACAGAACCCAGAAACCUUCGGGGACUUUGACGAACGAAGGGCGGAGCAGCACCCAACUCUCCCAAGAGCAGACGUCAUCUCUGUGUACGGAUCAGCCUGGGGAUGCUAUUCGCAGGACCCGUGCCUCACGAUCGCGCAGUACCGGGAACUCGCAGAGAACUUCCAUCCGUGGUCAUCUCGUCGAUUCCAUUCCAUCGUCUCCACAGUUCACGAGCAGAGAGACCUGGAGUUGAUGUCAUUCGUGUUUCCGUUUGGGAGCUUAAGGUUACAUCUUCUAUGCCUUGUUCGAAGGGCCUACUCCCAACCGGUAAAUUUCUUCCUGGGGAUGGGUCAGGUGGACUUCCAAGCUGGUGGAAUCUGGACUCUGUCACUCCCUCCGUGGCUAGACUAUAAAAGCCCGCCCGACUUUACAGUAAGGACCCUCACCGACGCACCCAUCGCCUUUGAAAAGUAUCAUCCAACCGCCACAAUGUCUGCAAUUCCACACAGGCUCAUCUUGAGGGCGAGAACGAAUAACGCUGAAGCCAUUAUGCAGCUAAGAGCACAGAUAACUCCGAGGAACUACACCAUACAGGCCUUGGAGGCCAUCCUAAGUCACUUUGACAUUGAGCGUCUUCCAAAGGAUACCUCGCAUUCAAGCUUGCAAAGCCUGUUUAGCGUGAAGCCAAUGAUUCCCCUCGUCCGAUGUCUCAGUGCUUGCCUCGACAGAUGCUACUUGAACGAUGCAUUAGGGGCCACGGCUACACGAGUCCACGACCGGAUCACCGGUAUUCUUACCUGGACAGCAGUGUGGCUGAAGCACCUGCUUGCCCCAGAGAGCAACACCAAUUCUGUCGCAAUUGAAGACGCUUGCAAUGUCGCAUGCUAUAUGGUGAUCGUAUUGCUUGGGCUCAGUACCGAAGUCGAUGAAGUCGUCCUGGCGUCUCAUGCCAUGUUUGAAAUUGUCCUCAAGUCUUGGUCGAGCGCAUAUCAUCUCGCCUUAUCAAUCACCGCGUCCGACCUCGUUCCAGAAAUAAGCGGCCACAUGGCAGUCCUCACAGCCAUAACCCGACGAUGCAUGAACGAAACGCAGACAGAAUUUGUCACUCAAGAUUUCAUCAACUAUCUCACUUCCCGACCAGGCCGCGUGCGUGAAUUUGCUACUGGGUUCGUAACCCACUUGUCGAAAUUGCGCGAGUGGAUUCAAUCCGAGUCCAACAGCGAGCGGGCGAAACUGAACAAAAGACUGCGCGAGACGAUGCAAACCUUGGUCGAUCAGCACUUGCAACUUUUGUCAGCUGUUCAGCUCCGUUUGUCCCUAGUCCCGACGAUCUACAGCGCCCUUCGCAAGGCCGGAGUUCUGAGGGCAUCGGUCAAAGUCCUUCACGCCAUCGUAUCCACGGGAAUUGGAUGGGAAGAUCCCUUCGAGGCUAUACUAUUCCUCGUCAACACACUCCGAAUGUCGUACCUUCCAUACCCUCAGAGUCCGCUUUCUGGCUUAGAGGAGGUACUCGAGGCCGGAAUCCACGAUGUGAUGGAGAAGGUCUCUGUGGCAGCAGAGAAAUGGACCAACGAACGUGACUAUUACAUGGUCGUAGACGCCCUGAGCUACUUCGUGAAAGUGUCCGGUGCACACGCCAAUCAGACCCGUGGAGUGAAGGCCCUGAUCCCGGCCAUGAAAUCCCUGAUGAAGCAUAAAAAUCCAAUCAUCCAGCGUUUCCCAAACCUCUUCGCCUCUGGAUUCCGAAACUUCCAAAUGCGGUUGGAUGUCAUGGGGAGAAUCAAAGACUCCCCUGCCGCCUAUGACUUUUGCAAUAACGAGACACACAGAAGUACUGUCGGCGCGGGCGUGGACCCGUCGACCCAGAGGAACCAUAGAGCCUGUUCGCAAUGCCGUUCGGUCUUCUAUUGUAGCAGGGAGUGUCAGAAGGAGGAUUGGAAGCGACGACACAAGUCCGAGUGCCCCUCUAUCCGCUCUUGUUCAAUCGGACACCAGCACAGCGAAAUCAUGUACUCCUAUCGUCACCGAGUUUUUUCACUUCAACUGGCUCUGAAAAUGUUCCAGGAGCAGAUUUCCAACACGAUUUUUAUUCUCCCCGACGACGACCCGUCAGCAGCCUACGAAAUGGUUAACGUUUUUCACGAUGGAGGCACCUUUCAACGAAACGGCUCGAACAGCUCUUAUUGGUUCUUGGAGCACAUUCUCGGUGACAAGUUGGACAAUCUAGAGAUGUGCCUGGGUACUCGACAGCGCAUCCGCUCAUUGGCAGAGUCGGUUGCCGAGAAAGGUGAAAGCGGGAGGAUGUCGAGACUUGUCUUGGCCUUCUUGUCCUACAAUCCAGGGUACACCUUUGUGUUGGCUAUGGAGGUCGAAGGGAACCCACAAAUAAGGAAAUGGACCCAUGUUCAACAUGUUGCAAGCAUCUGGUAA